ACAAAACACUCUUCUGGAGAUAUUAUUGAUUUUCUCUCUAUAGGCAUGAUAGAAACUGUAAAUAUGAACUCUCCCUCAGUGCUUGACACUCCUCAAAUGCAGAGGCCAUUAACACUCUGUGGAUACCCAGACAUGCUGUCUCUCAGACGAGACAAGUCUCCUUUACCACCUACCAUUACCUUAAGCCUCACCACACUCAGCAUACUAAUGAACUCUGUGUUUGAGGUAGAGUACCUUCUCCUGGCAAAGAGAUAAGAGGAUUGUGAAAAAGUCCUUGGAAUCUGCCCUCUUUAUGGAGCAUUGUUUCAACUACUGCCUCAACUCUGCUAGAGGGUUGGUGAAGCACAUCCACUGCAGUCUACAUGUGGACUGCAAGAACAUUGUCAUUGAUAUUUGUGAUAUCUUUGUAUAUAGUAGGCAGUUGGUAUUCCUAUUUCUUUUCAGUAAUGAAGCCAAGCAAGGCAAUUUCAACAGCAAAGAGAAGUCUUGGCUUGUUGUAUGGGGGGCAGGCUUAAUGUUGGAGGUGUCAGCAGGUAUCCUUUGUCAUGUACCCUUCCUCCCUUCUCUCCCACUUCAAUAUGGACAUGUACGAAAACUCUUCUUCAUUGAAAGGGGGUUAUGUCAAGUGACACUAUCCUGCUCAAUAAGUGACUAUGUGUACAGCACAUCAUUCAUUCACCCUAUCUACCCACUCUGAGGAAGAUAAUGUGUACACUGUCAAUUCCCUGACAGAGCUAGAC